GGACGUUAAAUAUGGAAAACAGACACGCAGCUCGGGAGACUCUCCACGCGCCUCCGACGUUUCGUUUAAGAUGUUGGCCCGGAACGAGUCCAGCUAGAUGUGGAGGGUUGCGCGUCCUGUUGCGCUGAGUUUGGUUUUGCCGAGUCAAAAGAGAUCAUCCCCCGCCAGAUAGCACGCAACUCAUCGCCUCCUUUGUUACUUUUUUUUUUUUUUUUUUUUUUUUUUAGAGAGAAGGUGAAGGCUUCCAAAUAACGCAACUGGAACAACAUAAAAAAGAGACAUCUGCCGAGUACAAGGCUUGAUUAUCUUUGAGGAAGAAAUUUGUCGCCAUGAGUUCCGAAAAGAGCAACAGAAUGGAAGAUGAAGCGGUGCUGGACAGAGGAGCGUCUUUUGUCAAGCAUAUCUGUGAUGAAGAGGAAGUGGAAGGCCACCACACUGUGUACAUCGGCGUGCACGUUCCCAAGAGCUACCACCGCAGGAGACGCCACAGACGCAAGUCGAACCACAAGGAGAAGCGGGAACGUGUCGAGCAGAUUGUGGGAGCGUAUAAGUCUGACGCGGAGAACGCCGACGACUCCUGCACGAGCAUCCUGAAACCCCUCAUUUCUCCAGCUGAGAGGAUUCGUUUCAUUCUGGGAGAGGAGGAUGACGGCCCACCACCCCCGCAGCUCUUCACAGAGCUGGACGAGCUCCUGUCCGUGGACGGGCAGGAGCUGGAAUGGAAAGAGACGGCCAGGUGGAUUAAGUUUGAGGAGAAGGUGGAGAAAGGUGGAGAGCGUUGGAGCAAGCCUCAUGUCGCCACGCUGUCCUUACACAGCUUGAUGGAGCUCAAAACGUACAUCGAGAAGGGGACAGUCCUGCUAGACAUAGAGGCGUCCACACUGCAACAAGUUGUCGAAAUGAUCACCGAUAGCCAGAUUGAGACUGGCCAGCUGAAGGCAGACCUAAAGGAGAAGGUGGUGUACACUCUGUUACGAAAGCAUCGCCACCAGACCAAGAAGUCCAACUUGCGUUCUCUUGCCGACAUCGGCAAGAGCGUUUCCAGUGCAAGCCGGCUGUUUUCAAAUCAGGAAAAUGGUAGCCCUACCACUACCCACCGGAACCUCACCUCCAACAGCCUGAGCGAUUUCUCUGAUAAACCAGAAAAGGAUCAGCUGAAGAAUAAGUUCAUGAAAAAGUUGCCCCGCGAUGCCGAGGCAUCAAACGUGCUCGUCGGAGAGGUGGACUUCCUGGAAACCCCGUUUGUUGCUUUCGUCCGUCUGCAGCAGGCCGUUAUGCUGGGAGCGCUUACUGAAGUCCCCGUGCCCACGAGAUUUAUGUUUGUACUGUUGGGACCUAAAGGAAAGUCCAAGUCUUACCGAGAGAUCGGAAGAGCAAUCGCUACCCUGAUGUCCGAUGAGGUGUUUCAUGACAUCGCCUACAAAGCGAAAGGUAGGAAGGACCUGCUGGCUGGUAUCGAUGAGUUCCUGGACGAAGUGAUCGUCCUUCCUCCUGGCGAAUGGGACCCCGACAUCAGAAUAGAGCCGCCCAAGUCCCUUCCCUCCUCAGACAAAAGAAAGAACAUGUAUGCUGGAGGAGAGGCUCCUCAGAUAAAUGGGGACACCCUCCACGAUACGGGACACGGAGGCGGAGGAGGAGGAGGGCACCAAGUGGGAGAGGAGCUUCAGUUCACAAGAAAGUUUUGCGGCGGUCUUAUCCUGGAUGUGAAACGAAAGCUGCCGUUUUUUGCCAGCGACUUCUACGACGCCCUCCACAUUCAGUCUCUGUCUGCCAUCCUGUUCAUCUAUCUGGGCACGGUCACCAACGCAAUCACGUUUGGAGGCUUGCUUGGAGACGCUACAGAGAACAUGCAGGGAGUGUUGGAAAGUUUCCUCGGUACGGCGCUGACAGGAGUAGUGUUCUGCCUGCUAGCUGGUCAGCCCCUGACUAUCCUCAGUAGCACGGGCCCGGUGCUUGUGUUCGAAAGACUUCUCUUCACUUUCAGCAAAGACAACAGUUUCGACUACCUCGAGUUUCGGCUGUGGAUCGGCCUGUGGUCUGGUUUGUUCUGCUUGGUGCUGGUCGCCACGGAUGCGAGCUUCCUGGUGCAGUACUUCACACGCUUCACAGAGGAAGGCUUCUCUGCGCUUAUCAGCUUCAUCUUCAUCUAUGACGCAUUCAAGAAGAUGAUAAAGCUGGCCCACCACAACCCCAUCAACUCGGAGUUCGAUCACAACCUCAUCACUCAGUACGACUGCCGCUGCGUACCGGGUAAUUCAUCAACAUUCCGCGAUACUUCUGCCUGGACAAACCGUACUGAUCUGCCGGAGAACGCCACCUGGGCGUCCCUGACCCAGCAUCAGUGUAAGGAGUUCGGAGGGCUGCUGGUCGGAGAGGCCUGUGAUUAUGUGCCUGACAUUACCCUGAUGUCCUUCAUCCUGUUCUUUGGGACCUACACCUGCUCCAUGGCUCUGAAGAAGUUCAAGACGAGUAGAUUCUUCCCCACAACGGUGAGGAAGCUUAUCAGUGACUUUGCCAUCAUCUUGACCAUUCUUCUCUUCUGUGGCAUUGACGCCUUGGUCGGGGUGGACACUCCAAAGCUCAUAGUGCCUAGUGAAUUUAAGCCCACAAAUCCAGCACGGGGCUGGUUUAUUCCUCCAUUUGGAGGAAACCCCUGGUGGGUGUACCUGGCAGCUGCACUUCCUGCCCUCUUGGUCACGAUUCUGAUCUUCAUGGAUCAACAGAUCACUGCGGUGAUUGUGAACAGGAAAGAACACAAGCUAAAGAAAGGGGCCGGUUAUCACCUGGACCUGUUCUGGGUGGCCGUCCUGAUUAUACUCUGCUCCUUCAUGGGGUUGCCAUGGUACGUAGCUGCUACCGUCAUCUCCAUCGCCCACAUCGAUUCUCUGAAAAUGGAGACCCAGACCUCCGCCCCCGGAGAGCAGCCCAAGUUCCUGGGCGUCAGGGAACAAAGAGUCACUGGCAUCUUUGUGUUCCUCCUGACGGGACUCUCUGUCUUCAUGGCUCCUAUCCUAAAGUUCAUCCCGAUGCCUGUUCUCUAUGGUGUGUUCCUCUAUAUGGGUGUGGCAUCACUCAAUGGUGUCCAGUUCAUGGACCGCCUGCUGCUGCUCCUCAUGCCUGCCAAGCACCAGCCGGACCUCAUCUACCUGCGCCACGUCCCCCAGAGACGGAUCCACCUCUUCACCUUCAUCCAGGUCCUGUGCUUGGCUCUGCUCUGGAUCCUCAAGUCCACCGUUGCCGCCAUCAUUUUCCCCGUCAUGAUUUUGGCGUUAGUUGCCGUACGAAAGGCCAUGGACUACCUGUUCUCCCAGCACGACCUCAGCUACCUGGACGACGUGAUCCCGGAGAAGGACAAGAAAAAGAAGGAGGACGAGAAGAAGAAGAAAAACAAGAAGAAGGGAAGCAUCGACAGUGAAAUUGACUACUCCGACUACCCCUACCAUGAAAAUAUCCCCUCUAUAAAAAUCUCUAUGGAGAUGAUGGAACAGGAGCCCAUGUUGGGGAAUAAAUCUUUGGAUAGAGAUUCGCCGCAAACUGUCCUUAACCCCCAUUCACCGUGCUGAACACUACUUUGGCUCCCCCUCUGUGUAAUUUCGGCUGCGGUUCACACGGCUCACCUCGAAUUCGGAUCGACCGGGAGGAGAACGGCUUCCUCGGCAAGAAGAGCUCUGAAACGGAACUGUGAAAGAAAUCUGUACA